UCCCACCUGCGCGAGCGAUGCGCCUGAUCCUGGGCGCGCCGUUUCAUCUGACAGACGAAUUUAUUUUUAAAAUUAGCCGCAUAAACAUAAAAAUUUUGAUAUGAUUGCGAUCAAAAUGCUUCACGGAAUCGACGAUGCGCCUUCCUGAGAUCUAAUUAUGACAGAAGAAGCGUUUUAAUCGGCGCGAGGAUCGAUGGAGAGACUUUAAUGUCAGAUUGAACCGCUAAGGUGAAACUCUGAUGAAUAAUGCCUGGGAAGUUAAAGGCGAAGAUUGUUGCCGGGCGGCACCUGCCUGUCAUGGACCGUGCCAGCGAUCUCACAGACGCCUUUGUGGAGGUGAAGUUUGGAAACACAACAUUUAAAACGGAUGUGUACCCCAAAUCCCUGAAUCCUCAGUGGAAUUCAGAGUGGUUCAAAUUCGAGGUGGAUGAUGAGGAUUUGCAGGAUGAGCCGUUGCAGAUAACUGUUCUUGACCAUGACACAUACAGCGCUAAUGAUGCCAUAGGAAAGGUGUACAUCGACAUUGAUCCACUGCUCUGCAGUGAAGCUGCUACUGUCAUUUCUGGCUGGCUCCCCAUCUACGACACUAUACAUGGUAUAAGAGGGGAAAUCAACGUUCUGGUGAAGGUGGAUCUCUUCAACGACCUGAACCGCUUCAGACAGUCUUCAUGUGGGGUUAAAUUCUUCUGUACAACAUCCAUUCCCCGAUGUUACCGGGCCAUUAUGGUACAUGGCUUUGUGGAAGAGCUUGUGGUAAAUGAGGAUCCAGAGUACCAGUGGAUCGACCGUAUCAGAACCCCUCGUGCGUCCAACGAGGCCAGACAGAGACUCCUCUUUCUCAUGUCAGGUGAAUUGCAGAGGAAGAUUGGUCUGAAGGUGCUGGAGAUGGGAGGGAAUGCAGUGGUGGGGUACCUACAAUGUUUUGACCUUGAAGGAGAAUCAGGCCUUGUGGUUCGUGCUAUUGGGACAGCCUGCACACUUGAGAAAAUCAGCACAUUCCCUGCCACAGCCACAUACCCCAGCAACUCCUCUCCUUCAAAAGACAUGAAAGACUCUCCGCAGGCUGCUCCUUCCACUCUCGGAUGUCGUUCCACACACAGCAGUCCAGUUCACAGUGCGAGCAGUCGUCUUUCUCAGGGCUUCUCCGUUUCUGUGCCAACACUGCUGUUCGCCGGAAUGGGAAGUGGCGGCAGUGCAGGAAAGGAGGCGGGGCCUCUUAAAGCUCUUCUGAGGCAGCAGACCCAAUCAGCACUGGAGCAAAGAGGGGUUUCAUCAUCCUCUGAAGCGUUUGUUAGAACAGGGGAAUACCCUUUCUUCACGUUGACCGCCUUCCCUCCUGGAUUUCUCCUUCAUGUGGGAGGCGUGGUCAGUGCGCGCUCAGUAAAGCUUCUGGAUCGAAUCCACAACCCAGCCUUGGGUAACACCAGAUCAUACAAACUGCUAGACUGGAAUAGUUUCACUGCAGACGAGCCGGAGACACGGGAUGCGUGGUGGGAGGAGAUCCGUCAGGAAAUAAAGUCUCAUGCCAAAGCUCUUGGCUGCCACGCUGUGGUGGGCUACAGCGAGUCCACCAGCAUCUGUGAGGAGGUGUGUAUUCUAUCAGCGUCAGGCACUGCGGCAAUCCUCGGCUCCCGAUUCAUGCAGGAUGGCCCGCUGGACGCCGAACACAGGUUGUCACGGCAACCGCUUUGUGUCUUUUCUACAGGGUCAGAGAGGGUCGAGGGGGAUAUGGGUAGUUCAGCCUCGCUAGGAUUUGAGGAGGUGGUGUCCCCUGGCUGUGGGUUUUGCCACAUACCGUACGAUGAGUUGAAUAUACCAUUUCCUGCUCAGCUCACCUAUUGCUACUGCUGUCGCCACUACAAAGUGCCCGACGUCCUCUUCACCACAAUCGACCUGCCUACUGAAGCCAACGUCACCGGGAAGGGCUGCCUGAUUCAGGCCAGGCUGUGCAGGACUAAAAAGAAGGCCCAGGGAGAAGGGAACGCCACGGCCAUUAGUAAUCUUCUGCCAUUUCUAGAGUACGAACUCCACACACAGCUGAUGAACAAAUUGAAGCUACGAGGCAUGAAUGCUUUGUUCGGGCUACGUAUCCAAAUCAGCGUGGGAGAGACCAUGCUGCUAGGAUUAGCGUCUGCAACAGGAGUUUAUCUGACAGCUUUACCUUUAGUGGCGGUAACAGCUGUGGCAAUGAGCUUUGACAAAGAGCAGACUUUGGAAAAUGGCAAACAAAGUGGGGAAAAGACACUGAUAAAGGCCAUAACAGAUGAGCAGCUUCAGUUCAAUCUGGAACUCAAUGCUGAAACAUCUUCUCCCAAUCCUCUCAGCUCCCCCAAAGGUCUAUCAGAGGUUGGCAGCCAUCCAUCAGCCAGAGCCUCCUCAGUUGAUUACAGUUCCUUUGCAGACAGAUGCAGCUCCUGGAUAGAGCAGCUUAAACUGAAAGCUCACACCAUAAGACGCGGAUCGGUUAAAACAACAUCAUCUAUGGAGAAGGCCAGCCCGUUGCCUGAAGGUCGCUCUCGUUCUCUUCGGUCAAAUCGUUCCUACUCGGGCAGUUCUGUCGCAGUGGUCAAAAUGACCCCGCUCUCUUUCAUUCCUGGAGCAAAGAUCAUCAAAUACCUUGGCAUCAUCAACAUGUUCUUCAUUAGAGAGACCACCUCACUCAGAGAGGAGGGAGGUGUAAGUGGGUUUCUGCAUACGUUUAUUGCUGAAGUAUUUGCGAUGGUUCGCGCCCACGUCGCUGCUCUUGGAGGAAAUGCUGUCGUCUCCUACAGCAUGAAGGAGUGUGUGUUCAUGGAGAACCCUAACAAGAACCAGGCGCAGUGCCUAAUUAAUGUCAGUGGGGACGCUGUUAUUUUUGUCCGAGAAUCUGAACUCGAGUUGACUUCGGUACAGCCACAGUCAGCCACAACACAGACCUCCAACGGUGGGGAAGGAACGUGAACCCACAUACACACACAGACAAACUCUCAAGUAAACAAGUUUUAACAUGAACCAUGCCAUUUGAAGCAGUUUCACGCUGAAUCUACCAACCAAAUCUCCAAAAAGAAGCAAAAAUCUAGACCUUAUUGGUUGGUUCUCCCAAGUGUCAUAUUUUAGAUCCUUUAAAUGGCCAAUAUUUGGUUUUAUUUCAGAAUAUUUAAAAAUUCCUCCAUCGGAAGCCUUUCAGAAAGGUCAUCUGCCAUGUUUCUAUGUAUUGGCCAUUGUUGUUCACAUUCCAUUUUGUCCAUAUGUGGUGGAGGCAGCUACCAAAUUCAAAAGGUCUAUAAAAUGCGUCUUUUGUGUUCGCAAAGAGUGUGUAAAUGCGUCAACGACUCUCUAAAUUGCCGUGUUUUGUAUUUAAAUGAAGGUAUAAACUACUGAUGCACUCGCAUGGACAUCCAGUUAAUGAUUUUAAAUACUGGUUUCAAAUAAGACACUUCCUGUCAUGUCCUACUGAUCUCUUUAAAAUCAUGUCAUAUGCUGGAAACGUUUGUUUGCUUUCAUGUGCCACAAUGUAUGCUUUUAUUUAAUCAUAAUGUUUGGGUCUGACUUCUGCAAGGCUGGCCCGAUUUUUUUGCAUGUGCAAUGCCGGUUAAUCAUUAAGAAACAAAGAUAUUUUAGGGUGGAGUUGUCAUUCACCAUGGACUGACACUUGAAUGUACAGAUGAUGGGUCACUCUGGAUAUGAGGUGGACGACUCUGCUCCUGCGUGGACUGACUUUUAAUGCUGUUAUUUUGUAUAUGUGUUUGCCUGAGGACAAAUCAAAAUUGCACAUUAAUAAGAUAUAAUUGAAUAAAACUAUUAUUG